AGCGUUGUCCGGGCAGCAAGCAUGGUCCAGACGUGCUCGGCGUACGGCUGUAAGAACCGCUACCACAAAGACAAAGACAUUUCAUUCCACAAGUUUCCUCUGGCCCGUCCAGAUGUUUGCGGUAAGUGGGUGGCGGCGAUGAGGAGGAACAACUUCAAGCCCACCAAGUACAGCAACAUCUGCUCGCAGCACUUCACCAAAGACUGCUUCAAGAGGGAAUGCAACAACCGGGUGCUGAAGGAGAACGCCGUGCCGUCGCUCUUCACCUUCAACCUCAGCAUCAAGUCGGAGUCCCUGGAGGGUCCGUUCCCCUCAGAGAUCCACUUCCCUCUGUCCCUGCCGCUGACCUCCGACCCGGCGGCGGACGAGGAGCCCGAGAGGAGCCUGGCCGACGCCCGCGGCGACACGGCGGCGGUGUCCUGCGACCACAACUACACGGCGGAGGACUCGGCGCAGCAGAAGAAGCGCAUCGAGCAGCUGGAGGAGCAGCUGGAGCGGCUCAGGAAGAAGCUGAAGACGACGCAGCAGAAGUGCCGGCGGCAGGAGAGGCAGCUCAAGAGGCUGAAGGCCGCCUGCGAGGCGCCGCCGACGGGCCGCGAGCCGGCGUUCGGCGAGGGAUACGUGAUUUUACCGAAACACAUCUACCACACGCUGAAAGGCAUCGAGUGACGGGAGGCUGCUGCUGACGGAGGUUUAAUCUGCUGCCAUCAGGAGGUGCUGAGCUUCUCAGCCAACUGAACGCUGAGGACCGGAUCAGGUCCGACUGGUGGCGACCACAAACAUAUCAACCUGUUCUGUUUUCCUUCUUUGUGUUUGGGCUGCAGUGAAACGACUUUUCAAACGUUGGGUCAACGUUUUGGGUUUGCUUUUUGACCAGAGUUGUGUGUUGACUUCUUGCAGGUUUUUGCUUUUCUGUUUGUUUCAACUCCUUUAAAAAUCACAAGCGGCUGUUUAAACAGCACCAAGUUAGCUUGUUUCACACAACUAUGCUAAGCUAAGCUAAGCUAAGCUAGGCUAACUCCAUUCACAUCCUGUCUAUGGAUGUUGAUUAAUCACCGUUAAUAAUUUAACUGAUGACAAAUACAUGAAUCAAGAAGGCAGAUGUGAAGGUCGUGCAUGUUUUUAAACGGACCGUAGAUCAGCUGUAGUACCUGGUUGUUCCACCAGGUGGAGCCUCUCACUGCUUAGGAGACCAGAGGAGGCGGGACUCAGACUCCAGACGGGUCAUGUGGCUAACAGAGAGGAUUGUGGGAGUUUAAUGGAUACCAACUGGAAAAAAAGUGCGAUCUAAGUUAGAUGUCACAUGACCAACACUGAUGCCAUGUGACCUCGGUUAGCGGACGUUCAUUAGCACAUGUAGGACGGCUCACCUGCUUCACUUCCUGUUAUCGGCUCAUUGAUUAUCGAUUGAUUGGGCUGCCAGCUGUUGGUUAAAAACAUGAUUUCAUUAUCCUGACUCCAUCUUUAAAGGUGGAUUCUGCCAUUUUAAUUAGCAUAUUGAGCUAGGUAGCAUAUGCUAAGCUUUACUGAUGUGUUGCCAACCCUGCCUCAUUUCCUCUGUGCUGUGCACGAGCAUGAACGUGCACGAGCAUGAACGUGCACGGGACGCACGGGAGUCGUGUUGAUUGGGCCGAACCACUUUGUUUCUCAGUUGCAGACUCACAUCUGAAACCUUUAUGUCGGACCGAUGGUUCGUCUCACUGUCACUAAGAAGCACAUCCACGUCCCAAGAUGUUGAACUGGACCUUUAAAGGUUCCUGUGUGAGGUUCUGGAUGCCGUUCGGCACAAAGUGUGACUUUAACUUCUGUUUUAUUUUUUAUGUGUUGUUUCCUAAAAGGAGAAAAUCCAGUUUGAGGAUUUUAAAGAUGAGCUGCGUGUAACAAAGGGCACUUCUGUUCUGUUGCUUUACUUCUGUUUCCAGUUUUUCUUCUUGUAGACGGGAUGCAGAAACACUACGAGUGUGUGUGUGUGUGUGUCUGUGUGUGUGUGUCUGUGUGUGUGUCUGUGUGUGUCUGUGUGUGUGCGUGUGUUGGUGCAGGGUCCUUGAUCAGCUGCUCACGUGCAAUAAACUGCAAACUCGAUGAAGCCAUAA